GCUGCCGGGUUGACGCCGCUGCCGAGGCGGGUGCGGAGCCGUCGCCAUGAGGAGCCGAAGCAACUCGGGCGUGCGCCUGGACGGCUACGCGCGGCUGGUGCAGCAGACCAUCCUCUGCCGCCAGGAUCCAGUGACAGGAUUACUUCCAGCCAGCACUGAUCAUAAAGACGCCUGGGUCCGAGAUAAUGUCUACAGUAUCCUGGCAGUAUGGGGACUGGGUCUGGCAUAUCGCAAAAAUGCAGACCGUGAUGAAGACAAGGCAAAGGCUUACGAAUUGGAGCAGAGUGUGGUGAAACUGAUGCGGGGCCUGCUGCAGUGUAUGAUGAGACAGAUGAACAAGGUGGAGGCGUUCAAAUACAGCCAGAGUGCAAAGGACAGCCUGCAUGCUAAAUACAACACGCACACCUGCGCAACUGUGGUUGGAGAUGACCAGUGGGGUCAUUUGCAGUUAGAUGCCACCUCACUUUACCUGCUCAUGUUGGCGCAAAUGACAGCCUCAGGGCUUCACAUAAUCCACAGCCUGGAUGAGGUCAAUUUCAUACAGAAUGUUGUCUUUUACAUUGAAGCAGCUUACAAGACUGCAGACUUUGGGAUAUGGGAGCGUGGAGACAAGACGAACCAGGGAAUCACAGAGCUGAAUGUGAGUUCGGUUGGCAUGGCUAAGGCAGCCCUUGAAGCCCUGGAUGAACUUGACCUUUUUGGGGCAAAAGGAGGACCCCAGUCAGUGAUCCACGUUCUUUCAGAUGAGGUGCAGCAUUGCCAGUCUAUUCUCCAUUCAAUGCUGCCGAGGGCUUCAACAUCUAAGGAAGUUGAUGCCAGCGUCCUUUCAGUCAUCUCUUAUCCAGCAUUUGCUGUGGAAGAUGGUGAGCUGGUGGAGAAAACAAAGCAGGAAAUUAUUCUAAAGUUGCAGGGACGGUAUGGCUGCUGCCGGUUUCUCAGAGAUGGAUACAAGACACCCAGGGAGGACCCUAAUCGUCUCUAUUACGAGCCAGCUGAGCUGAAGCUUUUUGAGAACAUCGAGUGUGAGUGGCCUUUAUUCUGGACAUACUUCAUCAUCGAUGGAAUUUUCAGUGGCAAUGCUGAGCAGGUUCAGGAGUACAGGGAGGCUCUUGAAGGGGUCCUCAUUAAGGGGAAGAAUGGAAUUCGCCUGUUACCAGAACUGUACAGUGUCCCUCCUGAGAAGGUGGAUGAAGAGUAUAUGAAUCCUCACACUGUUGACCGAGUGCCUCUUGGCAAGCUGCCACUCAUGUGGGGCCAGUCUCUUUACAUCUUGGGUUGUUUAUUAGCAGAGGGAUUCCUUGCUCCAGGAGAAAUUGAUCCUUUGAAUCGCAGGUUUUCUACCGUCCCAAAGCCAGACGUGGUGGUUCAAGUAUGCAUCCUGGCUGAGACAGAUGGCAUCAAGUCCAUCCUGAGGAAGCAGGGCAUUGAUGUGGAGACGGUGACGGAUGUCUACCCCAUCCGAGUCCAGCCAGCCCGGAUCCUCAGCCACAUCUAUGCCAGGCUGGGCCGAAAUAAGCACAUGAAACUGAGUGGCCGGCCCUUCCGGCACAUGGGAGUCCUGGGGACCUCCAAGCUUUAUGACAUCAGAAAGAACAUCUUUACCUUCACUCCCCAGUUUAUAGAUCAGCAGCAGUUCUACUUGGCACUGGACAACAGGAUGAUUGUGGAGAUGCUGCGGACAGACUUGUCUUAUUUGUGCAGCCGCUGGAGGAUGACUGGACGGCCGACCAUCACCUUUCCCAUUUCACAGACCAUGCUUGAUGAAACUGGCACUGCUGUACACCCAGCAGUCCUGGCAACCUUAAGGAAGCUGCAGGAUGGGUAUUUUGGUGGGGCAAGGAUCCAAACUGGUAAGUUGUCUGAGUUCCUGACAACUUCAUGCCGCACGCACCUCAGUUUCAUGGACCCCGGGCCGGAGGGUAAGCUCUAUUCUGACGAUUACAAUCUCAGCAUUGACAGCUUCAGUGAACUAGAAUCCGAGGAAUGGCUGCAUGGCUUACAAUUAGCAGAUGAUGCUGACAUUUGUGAUGAAGUGGCUCAGUAUUUAGAUCACCUCCUGGAGCACACAGCUCCUAGGCUGAACCUCCCUCCCACCGCACAGAAGGGAGGGCUGCAUCGCUUCCGAGCUGCAGUGCGCACUACCCGCGACCUCAUGUCCUUGGCAUCCAAGGCUAAGGAGCUGCACAUACAAAAUGUUGGGAUGUACAUCCCUUCCAAGUUGUUUCAGACUUCUCAGCCAUCUGUCAACCUGCUGGGUUCCAUCCAGAAGCACGAGCCAGAAGUCAAGAUCCCCUCGCUCCAUGCUGAGAUGAACCUCCCCAGAGACGAUGCUGGGAAUGUGGACUGCAAAGCCCUGGUGGACCAACUGCGAGAGUGCCCCACCCUGCAGGAGCAGGCUGAUCUCCUCUACAUGCUCCACACCCUCAAGGGGCCUGACUGGGACACUGAGAUCCAUGGCCAACCUGGUGCUACAAUCAAGGACCUCCUUACUGAGCUGUACAUCAAAGUAGGGACUACUCGACAGUGGGCCUUGAUCCGUUACAUCUCGGGAAUCCUGAAGAAGAAGGUGGAAGCUCUUGAUGAGGCCUGCACUGACCUCCUGUCUCAUCAGAAGCACUUGACAGUGGGACUUCCUCCAGAACCUCGUGAGAAGACGAUCUCUGCUCCGCUUCCGUAUGAGGAGCUUGUUCAACUGAUUGAUGAAGCUAGUGAGAAAAACCUGAGCAUCUCUAUUCUGACCCAGGAAAUCAUGGUAUAUCUGGCCAUGUACAUCCGCACACAGCCUUCCCUUUUCUCUGAGAUGUUCCGCCUGCGCAUUGGGCUUAUCAUCCAAGUGAUGGUGACAGAGCUGGCGCAUUCUCUGCACUGCUCAGCUGGAGAAGCUACCGAGAGCUUAAUGAAUCUCAGUCCUUCGGAUAUGAAGAAUCUUCUGUGCCACAUUCUCUCUGGCAAGGAGUUUGGGGUGGAGAAGAGUGUGCGGUCUGUUGAUUCAACCCUCUCCCCAGCCAUCUCCAUCCGUGAGAUGGGCGCUGUCGGAGCAACCAAACCGGAGCGAACUGGCAUCAUCAAGCUGAAAAGUGAGAUCAAACAGCAACUGGAUAAACGUAGGCAGUCUCUGACGGGGAGUAAGACCUGUGGCUUACCCUCCCUGGACUCGGAUUCAGGAUCUUCUCUGACCUCUGGACGCUCCUCCAUCUUCCCUGGCGGGGGAUCCUUUGCUAGCAUGCUGGAAGAUCAGUUCUCCAAAGACAGCCGCCAAGGCCAAUGGCAACGGAGGCGGCGGCUAGAUGGAGCGCUUAACAGGGUCCCAGUGGGCUUCUACCAAAAAGUCUGGAGGAUCUUGCAGAAGUGCCAUGGCCUCUCUGUGGAGGGCUUUGUUCUUCCUUCCUCAACUACCAGAGAGAUGACUCCUGGGGAAAUAAAGUUUGCAGUCCAUGUUGAGUCUGUCCUAAACCGUGUCCCACAACCAGAGUAUAGGCAGCUCCUCGUAGAAGCUAUCCUAGUCCUUACCAUGUUGGCAGAUGUAGAAAUAAACAGCAUUGGUGGCAUCAUUGCAGUGGAAAAGAUUGUGCACCUAGCAAAUGACUUAUUCUAUGAAGAACAGGCCAGCAUGGUGCACGCCCUCAUCGAGGCCUACUCCCUGCUGGACCACAUGCAGAUAGUCAAGCCAAAGGUGGCUUCCAUGGAGGAGAUGGCGAGCUUUCACACUGAUGCCUAUCUGCAGCACCUACAAAAAGUUAGUGAGGAAGGGGAUGAUGAUCACCCAGAAUCUGUGGAGUAUGGACUUGGUUAUGACUGUCCAGCCACUGAAGGAAUCUUUGACUAUGCAGCAGCUGUUGGAGGAGCCACCAUUACAGCAGCCCAAUGUCUGAUGGAUGGCAAGUGCAAGGUAGCGAUUAACUGGCCUGGAGGGUGGCAUCAUGCAAAAAAAGACGAAGCUUCAGGGUUUUGUUACCUGAAUGAUGUUGUCCUGGGUAUCCUGAAACUCCGACAGAAGUUUGACCGCAUCCUCUACAUUGACUUAGAUUUGCAUCACGGGGACGGUGUUGAAGAUGCCUUUAGUUUCACUUCCAAAGUCAUGACUGUCUCUCUUCAUAAAUUUUCUCCAGGAUUUUUCCCAGGUACUGGUGAUGUGUCUGAGGUUGGCCUGGGGAAGGGGCGUUAUUACACUGUCAAUGUGCCCAUUCAAGACGGCAUUCAGGAUGAGAAGUAUUACCAGAUCUGUGAAACAGUGCUGAAGGAAGCGUAUGCAGCGUUCAACCCCGAAGCUGUAGUCCUGCAGCUGGGAGCAGAUACAAUAGCUGGGGACCCUAUGUGUUCGUUUAACAUGACUCCAGUGGGGGUUGGCAAAUGUCUGAAAUACGUUCUGCAGUGGCAACUGGCUACCCUCAUCCUGGGAGGAGGAGGCUACAAUCUUGCCAACACGGCCCGCUGCUGGACAUACUUGACUGGGGUCAUCCUGGGGAGAACGCUGUCCUCUGAGAUCCCAGAUCACGAGGUAAGGCUUCGACAAGCUCUCCCUUCUCUGAGCGCGACAGCUGAGUCAUUCCACCUAAUCAAAACUGCGUCCUUGCCACUCAAUACAGUUUUGUUGAGAGACACUCCUGUAACAAUAACACACUGUCCCCACAGCAUAGUGGACUCUUGUUCCCAAAACCCGAGACAGUCUGCAUCUUUUUACAAGGGAGCAUAGAAGCCAAUCAGUUGCAGAGUCUCAAAUAAUUACAGAGGGAAUGGGAGAGGGGUUUACCUGUUUGCACAAAGAGCUCUUUGGGGGACACACAUAUUUUCACCAGAAAAAAGUGAGACCUUUCUCAAAUUAGAUUUAGCUUUUGUUUGCUUCGAUUUAUAGAAAGUUCCAGAUGCAGCUUUUGGACUGUCCCAGCAUUUGACCAUGAGGCUGGUUGAUCUUGAAGUGCAGGACCCCUCAGAGAUAUUUCUCAAGUCUGCAACAGAGCUGGGUGACCAGCUGAAGGGAUUUGUACAGGAACAGGAG